AUGGAUAUUGACUGGAUUGUCGGUUGGUUUUUUACUUUCUUUGGUCUGUUGGGAAACAGCUGGAUUAUUUUCAUCGUCGCUAAAAGAAGAAGAUUACAGACGACAACCAACUGGUUCAUUCUUUCCUUGGCGGUGGCCGAUCUGGGUGUUACAUGCGGACAUUUUCCGGCGUCCAUGAUCUGCAAUGUGCUUGUGAAUACAUGUAACAACGACGUUCGCAUAAUAACCGCUUUCUUCUUCCUAGAAGCUUCCGCCCUUUGCUUGACAGCCAUGAUUGGAGAACGCUAUAUCGCUAUCGUGUAUUCGUUGAAAUACGUCCGUUUAAUGACGACCAAAAACACAAUUAUUAUCAUCGCGACCUGUUGGGCAAUUCCAUUUCUUUUACUCGUUUAUGAACUCAUCAUCUAUCUUACCAGCAUCGAUUAUUACGCUAUAGGAACACCUAUAUUCGUUGCUAUUUACACAGCACUCCUCCUAGUUUUACCAACAAUACUCUGUUUCGUGGCACAUCUUCAAAUUCUAGUAAUUACUCAAAAACGCUCUAGAGAGAUGAGAGUUCUUUUCAAACAGGUUAGAUUUAACGUAGAGGCAAACUCGGUGAAAAUAAUGGGAGUUAGAAAUGUUGGAAUAAAAACGUCCACCGUAAGGUUAGUGACUGCACUUGUUAUUAUAUUUAUAGCAUGUUGCGGACUAGAAAUCCGUGCGUACAUUUGCACUUACUUCAAUCUUUGUAAUGUAUCUGAUCAUGAACUAGCGGCAACAAAUUUGCUCCUAUUGGCCAAUUCUACAUUAAAUCCUCUUGUGUACGCGUUCCUUAAAGAAGAUAUCAAGAGAGAAACAAAAGCUUUGCUUUGCCGCAGGAGGGAACCAAAACUACGUCCCUUCCAGGUUCAUCCAUAGUAGCAACGAGCUGGAAGAAUUCCUUCCAGCAAUGCCGACUAAAAAAUAGGAAAAAACUGGGACACGACAGGAGAAUUAUUGCCAAUAGUCUUAAUUCAGUGAAGCAAAUAAAGGUUGUUUAAUUUGCAAGCAAUAUCGCUCUUCAGGUAACUUUAUUGACGGGUGGUCUGUUGUCAUUUAUAUAUUUCAUUUAUUUUUCAUGGCGUCAGGACAUGCCACUCAGAUCUAUCGCAUAAAAAACGAAAAUAUAUUCACCCAUGCUACACCUAAUUAGAACAGCAUUAUUUCCCCCUGCUUUUUCGCAGCUUUUCAUUUUAUGUUCAGGAAGACCUGAAUACAUUUUUGAAGAACACGCCUCUUACACCUGGGCAUAACUGUAAUACUCUAUGAACAGGUUCUGACCGACGUUCAAGCUCGACUAGUUUUUAUUUCACGGCUUCACUGCUUCUGCCGUAGCCCCCGUGUCGAUGCACCUAUCAGAGGCUGUUUGCAAGUAUAGAUUACUGACACAAAAACUACAGCCAGUUCAGUCAUCUAUCACGUAAACGUACUUCAUUAUUUGUGGACAACAGGGACAUAUUUUGCGUUGCCAUUAAUUAAGCCUACUUUUUCUGAAGUUAAGCUACAUUUUGCGACCGGAAACAAUCGAUUAUUUUCCAUUAAAGGUUGAGCUGCUUCCAACUUCAACAUUCUGGUUUGUGCUUUGUUGCAGCUUCUCGGGCUAAAUAACACCAGUAGAAAAUGUGUUGUGUACUAGCAGUGAUGCUUUGUUAUGACGUUACUUACUCUGUUACAUAACAAAAAGGACAUGUUAUAGCGUUCUCUAUUAUUUUGCAAAUUUUAGCCAUCAGUUUCUUCACUUAUUGUUCUGAAAGGGCGGCUGUCGUGAUAUGCUUUUAUUUUAAAAUUUGUAUCUAGCUACACGUAAAAAAGUAGCAUUUCAUUUGCUAGUUCUGGCCAAUUCUAUGCUAAAUCCUCUUGUCUACGCGUUCCUCAAAGCAAAUAUCAAGAGAGAGUCAAAAACUUUCUGCCUCUGGAGGACUCUAAAACAACAUCCCCUUCAAGUUCACUCAAAGUAACAAGCUAAGCUUAGUGAAGUGUUCAUUCAAGCAAUGCUGAUUAUAAAUUAGAUAAUGACUGAACAAAAAACUGGUAGCCUUUGUAAAAUAGAUUUGAAUUUAAUCCUAAUUGUAGUAAAGCGAAAAGCCACAAAACGAUUUCCGUUGUCAUUCAGUUGGAUAGAGCCUUUUCAAAGUUAUCGUAGGCACGGGAUCGAUGUUCCGACGUAGCCAACGGAUAAAGAACCACAGAGCAGCCACAGAAUGUUGCUUGGUGAUGCGUUUCUAUUCUACGCGUUUGCUGAGCAUUUUGCUGAAUAAAAGUUUUGAUCAAAGUCUUUGGGAUGUGGUCCUUGUACGAUGAGAGAGCAUCAUUUUUGCUAAAAGCUGCACGCAUUUGUUGAAAUAAUGAAACGCGCUUCCAUUUGCCGUUAUGAAUUAUUCACUGAGUGUCUCCAACUUUAAUUGAAGAGAAAGCUUCUCGACAAAAAACAAAAAGCCCAUUUUUCGACGUGCAUAUUCAUAUUAGACAGCACUGACAGAUGCCUUUCUAACUUCUCCGUUCAAAAUUCUACCCUAAAAGUUUAGUAACUGCUCAGAAUGAUCGACAAAUUGUCCUAGAAUCGAAUUUUGGGCUGCAUUAUAAGUCUUCGUCCAGCACCGGCUAACAAUUCCCAUUGAGCAAACUUGUGAUCUAUCAACCUAUUUCUGGUCUCAUAUGCCGGAAAAUGCAAGGAAAAUUUCAAUUAAGUAAAGUAUAGGGUCGUCUAAUUUGCAAACAAUAUCGCUAUCCUGUUAACACUUCAGCGACUCCCUGACAAUUGUGUUCUUGGCAUAUAGUAGAGUGAUAAAUCAUUUUAGUCUUCAAUAUAGACUUCAAAAUCAGUUUUAUCAACUUACACACUUUUCCUCCCUUGCCGCCAUAGCACUGUUCUUCUUUUUAAAAAAAUGGCGUGAUAUUAUACAAAGUUAAGCAUUAAGGCAGGGGAUCAACUUUUGAGUCACAAUCCAUUAAGAAAAACCAGCAGGUGCAUUCUUAUUCCUAAAACAAUUUUCUAAUUUUAUUGUACUAAGAAUAAACAUGAUAAGCACGGACAAAUAAUUCAUGAGAAAUUUAAAGCAAAUGUCAUUGGUAAAGGAACAUUUUUAUUUUACUGUGUGAGUCAAUGACAGAAAAUUGAAAAACUCCCUCAAAUGUCCGUAAGUUUGGCAUCUCAGUGAACAGCCAGUCUUUUUCAACAAUUAAUUUUUGCGUCUUUUGAACCCAAAAAACCUAGUUAUUUCCUUUUUUUGACCAAUGCUAAACAAAAAAUUCUAACUUCGGUUCGUCUCUUAAUUUCGUUCUGAACAUUGAUUAAAUUUUGAUUACAGCGAAAUUUGAUUCUGAAUAAUUUUCUAUAUCUAGGCACCAAUCUUAGAUGACAUCAAUAUACUUCAAGUUUUGCAGUAGAAAGUUAUGCCUAUGUACCUAAAUAUAUAGAUAUAGGUGUUUUAAGAGAAAUGUUGCACUCUUUUUUUUUAAGCUGUAGUAGCAUAUAUAUCGUCUAUUUGAGUCCAUUCAUUGUAGGUGAGUCGAUUACUAAUAAAAAAGGUUCAUUGAUUAGCUUAGCGUUGGCAAACUGCGUAUAGGAGUAAAACGUUAAUGCGAACUUUUAUUUACAAAGUAGAUGAUAUUGAAGGUGGUUACUCCUUACAGCUCAGGACAUGCUACGCAGAUAUACCGCGCCAACUGCUUCAUAAAAAAGGAAAACACACUCAUUAUGACAAAAACUUAAUGAAGGCAGCAUUAAUUUUUCCCCUUUUCAUUGAUACUGAUUUCUAUAUCUAUGUUUUCACUAAGUACUUUAGUGAAGGAAACGCUUCUUACGCUUACGCUAAAAAAUAUGUAGCUUAUUCGUGAAUAGAUCUUGUUGUUACGGCACGACUACCCCGUAUUAAUGUGUCUUAGCGGCUCAUGUCACAACCUCCAUGCCGAAACACCUAUCAGGGCCGGUUUGCAAGCCAUAGGGCACAAGAAAAGAGAUAACAAUGGUUUUUUUCUGCAUAGCCAUGACAUAACCAUCAUUGGUUUAGUAGAGUUCUGUGACAAAGAAAAACCGCCGAGGUGGAGUGACUAUUAAUGGGUAAGUUAAUUAUUAUUUUGCAAGCUAAUAGCAUCCGUUUCUAUAGGAGAAGAUCUCAAAUUGCAGAAACUGUUCAAAAAUAUAUCAGUGAUGUCACCAAAUGUUAUGAACGGCUCUUAGGGAGUGAUUGGUUAGCAACAGAAAGAUCUCUUUUGUUAAAUUGUUUCUGGCUGUUAUAAACUGUCAAUUUGCAAAGUGAAAAUCCUUCAAUUAAUUACUCCUCAUAUUGACAUGCUUCCGUUGACGUUCCUAGUUACAAAUUAAUUUUCAGUGUCAGAUCCAGAUUAAGUCACACAGCUAGUGAAAGAUGAUUAUUAACUGGUUCUGGAUCGUAGGAUGGUUUUUCAUCUUCUUUGGUCUGGUUGGAAACAUCUGGGUCAUUUCAAUCAUUGCUAAAAGGAGAAGAUUACAGACAACCACAAAUUGGUUCAUUCUUUCUUUGGUGGUGGCCGAUCUGUGUGUCUAUCUGUGUGGCGGAUAAAUGCGAUUACGGCGUUCGUAUAAUUAUAACAUUCGCCUUUUUCUUCAGAGACGUUUCCUCCAUGGGCUUAAUUGCCAUGGUAGCAGAGCGUUACAUCGCUAUUGCGCAUUCGUUGAAAUACGUCCGUGUGUUUACCACCACCAGGAGAACAUUCAUGAUCAUUGCAAUCUGUUGGGUAAUUCCAUUUCUCUUUAAUGCAUUUUUUCUCAGCAAAGCUUCGAUUGAGAAAAGUCUGCAUUUUUUUGUCAUUUACACAGUGCUCUUUGAACUGUUACCAGCUCUUUAA